UGUUUAUGUGCGUAGCCUUUAUUCGUAGAAUAUUCCAUAUUGUGUAGCCUGUGUAGUUAUUAUUUAUUAGAGCUAUAGAUUUUUGUACGUGCACACCGUAAAACGUUGGCCAAGAUCCAAAAUUCUGAAAAUUUUGAUUGUUCGUUGAACUGAUUGAGCUGAGCUGCAUUUGUGCUGCAGUCACCGAUUACAUAUCAGUUUUAUGACUGACUGGUAUUGUUCGUGAAAACCGGAAACAUGUUGCCUAUCCGUAGAAUUACAUCGAUUGCACCGCCAGCCAUUCGAUUUGCUCGCAUGUGCUCGGGAGAGCUGGGUUCCGGAGCUGGAAAGGGAGGCGGUGGUGGCGGCUCUAUUCGCGAAGCUGGUGGUUCCUUUGGUAAAAUGGAAGUUGCUCACGAGGAAGAAUUUUUCUAUAAACAGCGUCAAGAACAAUUGCACAAGUUGAAGGAAAAACUAAUUGGAAAGAAAGAUUUUCAUGCCGAAUCCAUCAAGCAUCACGAAGAAGCGAUUGCCCGUCAUAGGCAGGCUAUUGAAGCGCUGAAGAAGGAAUAAAUUAUCUUCUCUAAGCUGUGCAUGAAUUUUGUGAAUUGUGAGCAAAGCAUUUUUUAUGUGUGAGAAAAUAUAGCUCGUUUAGAAA